CUGUCGUUUAACGUACGGCUAAUAUAACGCUGUAGAUAAUAGUGGUGCAGUGUGCAUUCUAUUUCGAGCAGACGAACAUUCGCAUUUUUAUUGAUUUUGUGAUCGUCACAGAUUUAUAUAUUAAUAUCAACUGGACUUUAACGUCUGCGGAUAUACAGUUUUGUAUGUGUGAACGUUUUCAGAUUAUGUUUAAUAUUUUUACUUUAAUAUGAUGUGACUAUAUAAAGUUAAAGUUUGUUUUGUUUAACGACACCACUGAAGAACAUUGGCGGAAUAUAUAGAUUAGACUGGUUAACAUAUCAAGAACAUGAAUAUUCACGUAAGACUAACUUCGACGUCUGCGUGAAUUAGUAGGCCUAUUUCUGAAUAAGAGAAUGGAAUGUGUGUUUGACAACUUCCCAGCUUAAUCAGUAAUCACUGAGUGUAUAACGACAAUUGGCACGGCUGUUGGAGAAGAAACCCGGAACCAUCACAUAAGGAACUCGAAGAGCAACAAGGAAUAUUUUAUAAGGUUUUUCCUCUCAAUUUGGACAGGACCUGUCAGGACGUUUGAAAAACCUAAUGUUGGAAGACAGCACCUACCAUAAUAUUUGACAUUUGAUAAAGCAAUCACUUAGAACAACAUAAAUUAGUAGACCCACUGCCGGAGAGCAACAAGGGACUAUUUUAUUAGAUCUUUCUUCACAAUCAGGACAACACCGGUGCUGCCAGGAAUUAAAAAAAAAAACACCUAAUGUUGGAAGACAGCACAUACCUUAACAUUUGAUAAACAAUAAUUUAGGAGAACAUAAGAUACUCCUGUCGAAUAGCAGCAAGGACUAUUUUAUAAGACGUUUCUUUUUAAUCAGAACACCUGCCAGGACUUUUGAAAAAAUUAAUGUUGGAAGACAACACAUACCAUAGCUUUUUUUUAUAUAUAUAAACCAAUCACUUAGGACAACUAUUACACCUACCACCGCUUUUUAUAAACCAAUAUGGUAUCAUUGUUUGGAACGGGAAAUUUAAUCACUUUGUGUUGAUCGAGGCUGCAGUAACAUGUGCUUAACUUCUCACUGACGGGGAAGAAUAUUAGAUGAGGCGAAAACAAGUAACUGACGAAAACACGUCACACACAAGUCGCCAAGACAACCGAAGAUCUAUACGUCUGGCUCGUUCCUCUUUUGUUACGUCUGUUAAAUCAUAAAAUCGGUAAUACUGGGCGCAGUUAAAAAGGCAUUACCCAUGUCGAGCUGUGCGAUUAUUAUUCGAGCUGUUCUCGUGAUCGAUAAAGCGUUGUGUUUAUCAUUUCACAACCACUAAACAAUCUCUGUUCACUUCUCACACCAAGAAGCCCACAUAAAUAAAACAUAAAAAACCCCAAACCGAAUGAAAACGAUAUCCGCAGCUGAAGCAGACGAUAAAUCUGUGGUCACGUGACCGGGUAGAAAAAGUGAAUGAAACCGAUAUUUCCACGGUGGUGAACUAACGACUGUCGAAUACUCAAAGGGCUCACUUGUGUACCGUCAGUGAGAAAAAUGGCUUAAGCUACACAAGAAAAAUGAAACAUGUCAGGACCGGAAGCUACAUCUAUGUCAAUGCGGUUUGGGUGUAGUAGGCUAAAGGAAAGAGUCUCGGACCGCAUGUCCCGAGAGGCCAAACUUGCCAUGGACAUGGCGAAACAAGACGCGCCGUGGAAAUUAUGUCCCAUCGACGAAAGCGAAACCGGAUCUUCCGGUUACAUUAGUGAAUCACCUGACCCCAGCGUCGGGAAGAGCCGACUGACUAAGACGGCUGGUACCGGACGUAGCCGAAUACCAAAGGAGACCGGUACCGGAAAUAGCCUAACAACUAAGGACACUUUUACCGGAAGUGACCGAUUGACUAGGGAGGCUGGUACUGGAAAUAGUAGCAGACCGAUUAAAGAUGUCGGUACUGGAAAUACCGGAACGACAAGGGCGGCCGAUACCGGAAAUAGCCGAUCGCUUAAAAAUGAAAAUACACCCGGGCGUCUUCGGUUUUUGGAUGUCUACGAAAAGGAAUCUGUGCCGAGGUUAACAGGCGAUAUAACCAAGCAGGAUUCAAACCCGGACACUCCCCCCAAGCGACGGUCUCUCUGUGGAGAUCAUCUCGCGUGUGCAAUGGAGAGUGUGGAGACGGUGGUUUAUGGAGAAAAACAAGAUGGCGGCGACGCAGACGACACUGUGUUACACGAAAAAGAGAUAAACAAAUCUCUGGAGAAAUGUCUUGUCUGGAUGAUAGUGAACAACCAGAACAAGAAAGAGACUUAGCGCGAGCACGUGGAUUAUUUCUUCUUCUUUGUUUUUGUUUGAUUUUUGUGUUUUUUUGUUAUCCAAUUUAGGUCCAAAUAAGCUGUUCUGGACACCUUAGCAGUCUUUCUGGAACCAAUUUCACAAAACAUCCAUUCAUUGGCGAAACAAAAUGAAAUUGUCAGUGACAUGUGACAAACGUUCACAGAGGUAUUCCUAGGAUUAUUCAACGCAAAACAAAAAUGAAAAACCCCCGAAAUAAUAACAUAACUGUCGCAAAUUUUAGGAAGAUGGGUGGGUGGGUGGGGGUGCUGGCCCCUAUGCCACCUUCCUUAAAUCCACCACUGGCAUCAUAAGUCUGAGUUUUCUAAGCUAGUCUUGAGAGAGGCAGUCCUCUUACGGGCAGUGCAAGAGUGAUGGAACAUCGUGUUACGUAUCUCCUAGAUGAUGAUGAUAACUGGUUUAACAUGCCCAUAUACCACUAGGGUUUCGAACACGCCCAUCCCGAGUCCGACCUCCGAUAAGAUCGGUGACCUGAGGAGUGUAGGUCCUCCUAAGGACGAGUACCUCAUAGUGGAUCAUGGAAGCGAUCACGACUUCGCCUAAAACAUCCUUUUAACUCUACUUUGUGCAGGGAUACGAUUUUCAUAUCGGAAUACGGUUUUGUCGUUCCACGUUUCCGACUAGUAUAGCAUUUAUACCUGUCGUACGGCUACAUAUAUUUCAUCAUUACACCAUUACUGAAGAUAUUGUCAGUUCUGUUGUUAUGCAGCCAUAUUGGACACCAUAUUGAAUAUUUACAAAAUGCUCAAGGUUGACAAGUUUGGAUCCCUCGGACCUCAGUCAGCACCUUUCACAGAUGUAAAAAAAACCCAUUGAGAACAAUUGCGGGUACCGAACUGCAAGGUUAAGUGCCAUGGCAAACAUAUUAUAAAGCAUUGUUAGGCAGGGGCGGAUUAUGGGGGGGGGGGGUGUCCCAGUCCCACCAUGGCCACCCCCUCCCCCCAAAUCCCAACCCCACUACGUAGAUCUAAAUUGAUGUCCACGUAAAAUUUAUAAUUUCAAAUUAUAAACAUUUACAUAUUGUUUCGGAACCCACCCACCCCUUAGAUAAAGCAUAAUCUGCCCCUGAUAGGACGAAUGAAAAUGAAAUAUGUAUACUUUAAACUAUAUUAGUUAGUAGUAAUAAGAAUUGUGGUUUAGUCGUAGAUAUACGUUUACGUGGAAAACUACGUCCACGAUGUUUAGUGCAACUGAUUCCCAUCCUGUGCAGUAUAAAGAUGUAUCAUCCUGAAAGUAGCUCCCCUAUAUAUGAGGCACCUGACUGUCACUGCACGAUCUUCGACAUUGUCGAGAUAUCCCUUUGACACUGCCUUUUGCAGAUGAUGAUAACUAGUUUAACGUGCCCAUCCUGACUCGAGUUGUGUGAAUAUUUAUAUAAUUUGGAGCAUUUUUAGAAGAACAGUCCAAAAAUAAAUAAGAGAAAGAAGAGU